GUUCCUCCGCGAGGUCCAGACUGGCGACAAAUGUGGCAAAGUCCUGAUCGGACAGCGCCAUGGGGAUAGACUCAACGCUCAGUCUCGCAUCGACCUCUUCUUCCUCUGCUUCGGCUGCGUCAUGACCGUCGUCUUGCACUUCGACGGCUGCGAACUGAAGAUCCCGCACGAUCUUCUUGAGUCCGCGACGGCGGCGCGCGAUCUUCUGGCGAUAUUUCUGGCCGUGGGUCAUGGCCUGCCUCGCUGUUUUGUUGCCUACGUACUCGGCGAUACAUUUCCACGGGCCUGAUGGGAACUUGUCCAGUGCCUCGAGGAAGCGUAGAUGCUCUUCAGGUGUCCAUAGACCACGGCCGGAGCCGGGAGAGCGAGGCACGAGGCCACCGCGAGUGGCGCCGCCCCGUGUCGUGGGGAUGCGAAUUGCCUGCAUCUUGUUGUCAGCGCUGGAGCUUUGGGGCGACUGGAACAGCUGACUGCGGACUUGGUCGGAGAUGGCCAUCGUGGCGGUAGAGUGAGGGUACUAGAGACCGAUGUUGGAGAGUGGGGUGCUUGGAGACGUGUCCACCGUGGUGUCAAAUUGCAGAGUGAGCGGACACGACUGUCGGACUGAGCGAUGAGUAUUUGUUACGGGCUCAAGGUGAAGGUGUCGCCUGAAGAGAAAGUUCCGACGGUGUGUUGGCAAGGAUGGCUGCGCUCGGUACGUGGCCUUUCACUUGCUUGCUCACUUGAUGGAGGGAGCUUUCUUCGGAUACUUUGUCGGGUACUGGCGGUAACAAAAUGACUUCCGUGACGUCCAAACUUCGUACUUAGUUGCACUGUGAACUACCGGGGUGGCUGAAUGUGUGGUAUCUUCUUCUCGUUUAAGUUUCGGUGAAGUGGGUACGCUCGUCGCAAGGGAAACAGCUGGCGCAAUGUUGAAGACGCAUGCAAAUCAACCUCGAGCAUCGAGUCGCGGGGCUCAAGCCUCGAGUCGAGGCGAUUCGCCUACGAAAAUUGCCGGGGUUCCCGCUUCAACGAGAGCCGGAAAUUGUCUUCGCUGGACGUUGGUGGGUGCAAUACAAGUCAACAGAAUACAACAAGUUUCGUAAAGCAAAGAGGGUGGCCUCGCCUCCCGCAGAGACAUUUGUGGCGGUCAUCAAUUUCUGCUGCAGACGCACACGUCCAUGCGCUGUUACGUUUAGCUUCAAUCCACACGUCUCGACGGUAGAUCGCCGUAACCACGUGGAAAAGUGAUUAACUCUGUGGUGUCUUGAUGUUGGAUGUCGAUGAAUUUGGAUAGUGUUCUCACGUUAUAGUAGAGAACGUUGAAUUCUCGGCAUUUUAUGCUGUGGUGGCGUCUCGGAGAAUAAGCGGAGCGAAGCAAGAGAAGCGAAGCGAUUGAGCAGCUCAAUUGGAGCUGAUACGAACAGCACCUUGCGUAUGAUUAAUUUAAUAACGCUGGUGUAUCAGCAG